AUGCUUCGUACAUGCGCAACGCGGAUAAAACCACUCGCUAAAACCCACCUUGCAACCACAACAAAGAUUCUAAUACGAAAAAAAUGUACACUAUCCGACACACGAAUCCCCAUGGCCUCGCGCUCCACCAUUACUACCUGUAACAUUAUCAAUAGUACGAAUGCUAUCAACGCUACAAAACGCACCUUUUUCUCCACGCCUCUAAAACGCCGUGCAGCGGCAGAGGGAGCAACUCCUCCCCCGCCUUCACCACCAAAAUCACGAAAAGGUCCGCAUCCCCUUGCACUUUUGGCCGUGGCUUCGGUCGGAUUUUCUUUUUACCUCGUUCUGGUCAGGACUCGAGGCGGUCCUGGUUCAGGUAAAGGCACUCAAAGCGAAAAUCUUGUAAAGGACUUUGGAUUUAUUCAUCUUUCCGCGGGAGAUCUCCUCCGUGCUGAACAACAAAGACCGGACUCAUUAUAUGGUGAAUUGAUUGAUAAAGCGAUCAAAGCUGGCGAAAUUGUUCCCAUGGAAAUUACCAUUGUCUUGCUUGAACAAGCAAUGCGAGAAAGUGGUGGCAAACGUUUCUUGAUUGAUGGGUUCCCGAGAAAAAUGGAUCAAGCUAUUAAAUUUGAGGAGGAUGUCGUCGAAGCUCAUUCAGUACUCUUCUUUGACUGUCCCGAAAAAGUGAUGCUUGAACGACUACUUGAACGCGGAAAGACCAGUGGUCGCGCAGAUGACAACCUCGACUCUAUACGAAAACGAUUUAUCACGUUCAAACAACAAAGUUACCCCGUCGUUGAGUAUUACCAGAAGCAAAGCAAAGUGCAUUCGAUCUCUUGUGAGGAUUCGCCGGACACGGUUUAUCAAGAAGUCAAGAAAACUUUUAAUGCGGAGUUUAAUGAGAAUAAGUAA